AUGGAGGAAAUUCUUCGCCAAGUGGAGGGCGUUCUUCGCCAGGUGGAGGCGCGCGCUCCAAUGGAUCCGCUGAUGGCCGAGCUGCUUCCUCAUCUUCGAAAGCAAGCGACGUUGCCAGGCAAGAUCCGAGACCAUUACGAGAAACUUCUCGUCACCCAUUCGACAGAGAUCAACGGUCUCCGAGGCCGUCUGGGCCGUGUCGAGGGCGAGAGCGCUGCGGCUUCCAAUAGGCACCAGCAACAACUCGACACUCAGUCCCAGUACCACGACUAUAUCGUCACAGGACACCAGAACACCGAGGAUUACCUCCGUGCAAAGCUCCGCAAAGCCAAGGUCAAGGCGAAGAAGUUGGAGAAGAGGAUGAAAGCUUACAGGAGAGUGGGAAUCGAUUUUGUUUUCUUGGAAGGGCUUUCGGGAAUGCGUUCUUGA